GCAAGGUUAUUUUUCCUAGUAGGUAACCUUAACAUCCAAUCGCGAAGCCAGUGAACUUUAUCAACGCGACACAAAUUUCCAGCUUUCUAAGGCUAAGGGAAUUCUUUCUCUUCCAUCAUUCUUUUUAAUUUUCUCCUCUUCAUCGCAGAGACGUGGCGGUUUAAUUGGAACGACGCGAUCGCCCUCUGUUCAAGCUUCCAAUUUACAUCCUUCAUCUCUCAUUUAGUACAAGGUCUUUUUUUUUCAUCCUUCAAUCAUAGAACAACAGCUAUCUUUUUCUUCGUCGACGCCUCGCCAACAUGAGUAACUCAAUGAGGGACCUGAUUGUGGGGGAGGCGGAGCUAGAUGACGAAGAAGAUGAUGAAUCAUUCGAUGAAGAGACUGGCGAGGCUCGCGAGAGAUCUGGGAAGCGUAACCAGGAAGUGGAUGAUUCGAGCGAAGAAGAUGAAGAUGAUGACGAUGAGGAAGAAGCUCGCAAGAUCCGCGAAGGCUUUAUUGUUGACGAGGAUGAAGACGAAGACGAAGACGAAGACCUAGUUGAGGACGAGGACGAACGACGCAAACGGCGCAAGCGCAAGCGCCGACAAGAACGCGAAGAGGAGACUCAACUGGAUGAAGAGGAUCUUGAUUUGAUCGGCGAGAAUAUUCCUGAAUGGGAACGCAAACAACCUUCGCAGGGUAAAUUUAAGCGACUUAAGCGUGGCCAUCGCGAUGAUGAUACCCGAGGAAAUGAGCGACGCGGCCUUGAUGAUAUGUUUUCCGACGAAGAUGACGAGCCCGUUGACGAUCGACCCUACGCGCGACAAAGCCAUCGUGCCGCUGUCGAUGAAUUCGAUGACUUCAUCGAGGAAGACUUCCCCGAAGACGAGGACGAACGUUUACGUCAGAUGGAAGAUAUGGAAGUUGCUCGCCCACGAGACAAGGGUAUAGCUGGGCGUAUCGUCGAUCGCGCCGGUCUCGACAAGGAUGCCCUGGAAGAUAUGGAAGCCAUAUUUGGUAACGGGGAGGACUACCAAUGGGCUUUAGACGAAGAAGAGGAGGAGGAGGAACGCCAGAGAGAAGAACAGACCCUUGAGCUCAAGGAUGUCUUCGAGCCCUCGCAAUUGGCGGAAAAGCUCCUGACUGAUGAAGACAACGCUAUUCGUUUCACGGACGAGCCCGAACGCUUCCAACUCGAUCGCAAACCAUUCAAACACCUUAACAUCCAAGGUGAACAAUUCAAGGAGGAAAUACAGUGGAUUGCAGAUCUAAUGUGGCCAAAGAAAGCCCUUUCCAAUGACCUACACGCCCCUUUUCAAAAAGCUGUGGGCAAGGUGCUCGAAUAUUUUGUGCUUGAGGAUCUUGAAGUACCAUAUGUCUUUCAGCACCGCAAAGAUUAUCUCAUCCAUGCCCGCAAGAUUCGCAACCCUGAACACCGCGAUGACCCCGAAGCGCCUGAAUAUAUCGUCAAUGCAGAGAAGUUACUUACACAGGAUGACCUCUGGCGCAUUCUUGAAUUGGAUAUUAAGUAUCGGUCGCUAUUCGAGAAGCGAGCUACGCUUGAGAAGAUUUACGAUAACUUACAAAAAGCUGCUCAGGUAAAGGACGGUAUGAUCUCGGAAAUGCUUAACCAGGCAAUUACGGUGGAAGAGCUUCAAGAUUUACAAGACUAUAUCAACUUCCAAUACGUGUCCCAGAUCAAGGACAUCGCCGCCAUGAACGGGGUUGUGAAGGGAAAUAAACGUCCGGGGAAAUCCUCCAUUUUCGAGCGAACCCGCAGAAGCAACGUCUACAAAUUCGUGAAGGCUUUCGGCAUCCCUCCGGACCGACUGGCACAAAAUGCUCUUCGUGAAGGAAAGAAGGUGCUCUCAGAUGAUGAGCCAAGCCUCCCGAUCGAUCUAGCAGACAGCCUUACUGACAGUGACUUCCCCACCGGCGACCAAGUUCUAUACCAGGCAAGGCUUAUGUACGCAGAAGAAUUGUUCAUGAGUCCUAGAAUGCGAAAGUUCUUCAGACAAAACUUCUAUAUUAUGGGCGAUAUUACCUGCCACCGAACAGAGAAGGGUCUUCGAAGAAUCGAUGAGUCCCAUCCAUACUACGAGAUAAAGUAUCUCAUCAACCAGACAAUUCCUGAUUUGGCCCGCCGACCCGAACUAUUUCUGAAGAUGAUGAAGGCCGAGGAGGAAGGCCUUAUCGAGGUUAAGCUUCGGCUUCAGAACGAGCGAGAAUUUCGGCGCCAGCUGCAGACGGAAUUUAUCUCGGACAACUACAGCGAACUUGCGGAUGCAUGGAACGAAGAACGUAAGAAAGUUCUUGAUAUAGCAUUCACUAAACUCGAGAGAGUGGUAGCCAAGGGAGUCAAAGAUUCUCUAAGAACAGCAUGCCAAGAGGAACUUCUAAAACUCUGCCGCGAAGAAUACUCCAAGCGACUUGAUCAAGCCCCCUACAAGCCCAAGGGUAUGGUGUUAGGCACAACCCCACGCGUCCUCGCCUUGUCGAAUGGCAUGGGUGAUCCGGCCCGGGAUCCAGUAUUCUGGGUUUGGGUUGAAGAAGAUGGACGAGUUAUCGAGCAUGGCAAGUUUGGAAAUCUAGCUCGUGAUGAUGCUCAACGCGAGGCUUUCGUUGAACUCGUUGAGCGCCGGAAGCCAGACGUCAUAGGUGUCAGUGGCUUUUCAACCGAUACUCAUCGAUUGGUUCGCGACGUAGAGAGUCUUGUGAACGAGAAGCAUCUCACGGGGCCCGAAUUCCCAGAUCCCGAUUCAGACGAUUAUCGUAGUGAGUUAUUGGAGGUUGUGGUUGUCAACGAUGAAGUUGCAAGACUCUACAAAGACAGUCCCAGAGCACAGGCUGACCACCCCACUUUAACCUCCAACACAAGAUAUUGCGUUGCUUUGGCGAGAUACCUGCAAAACCCAAUGAAGGAGUAUGCAGCCCUCGGAAGAGAUGUCACUUCCCUAUUAUUUAACCCAUGCCAAUACUUACUUCCACAAGAUAAGUUAUUGAAGCAUUUGGAGACGUCAAUGGUGGAUAUGGUCAACCUUUGCGGUGUUGAUAUCAACGAGGCUGUCGGCGAUAUAUACACGGCAAACCUUUUACCCUACAUUGCCGGUUUGGGUCCCCGAAAAGCAACAAGCGUCAUCAAGGCCAUCAAUACUAACGGCGGAGUUGUGAAUUCGAGAGAUGAACUCGUUGGUGAUCCAGAUAACAACAAAUUACCCGUUGUUGGUCCUCGCGUAUGGAAUAAUUGUGCAAGUUUCCUUUACAUCGAAUAUGAUGCUACCAACCCAUCAUCGGAGCCGCUAGACAACACUCGUGUGCACCCCGAAGAUUACGAGUUGGGUCGAAAGAUGGCAGCAGACGCGCUUGAGUUGGAUGAAGAAGAUGUGAAAGCCGAAACUGACGAGAAUGGGGCCGGCGCUAUAGUCCGCAAGCUUUUCCGGGAAGACGAACAAGAAAAAGUCAAUGAGCUUAUUCUCGAAGAAUAUGCGGAGCAACUAGAGAAGAAUUAUAACCAGAGAAAGCGCGCCACUUUGGAGACCAUCAGAGCAGAAUUGCAAGCGCCUUACGAAGAACUGCGUCGAAAUUUCAGUCUUUUGAACCCCGAUCAAAUAUUCGUAAUGUUCACGGGCGAGAACAAGGAUACGCUAGCCGAGGGCAUGAUCAUCCCGGUCAAUCUACGGGUUGUUAAAGAUGACUUUGCCAUUGCUAAGCUGGAUUGCGGUAUCGAAGGCCGAAUUGAGUCUCACGAGGUCAGCCACCGAAGCAAUGUAUCGAUCAGGGAUGUUAUCCACGUCGGUCAGACCGUCCAAGCUAAGAUUAUGGAUCUCAACCGUAAGGAUUUCAUAGUGAAGCUCACACUCCGCGAGGAUGCGCUGCGUCGUCCCUAUAGGAAGCGCGAUGAGCGCGAUCAUAUGGUUUGGGAUGUCAGACAAGAAGAGGAUGAUAGAGAGGCACUUAAAGAAAAGGACAAGGUCACCGGUCGCACCCAGCGAGUUAUCAAGCACCCGUUAUUUAGGCCGUUCAACUCAACGCAGGCAGAGGAGUUCUUGGGCUCACAGGGUUCCGGCGACGUGGUUAUUCGCCCGUCGUCGAAAGGUAAUGAUCACCUUACAGUCACUUGGAAGGUCGCGAAUGGAGUUUUCCAACAUAUCGAUGUACUUGAACUGCAUAAAGAGAGCGAGUUCUCGGUCGGUAAGACACUUCGUAUCGGUGGUAAAUACACGUAUACGGAUUUGGAUGAACUCAUCGUGGACCAUGUCAAAGCGAUGGCUAAGAAAGUCGAUGAGAUGAUGGGUCACGAGAAGUUCAAGAAGGGUAGCGUCGCGGAUACCGAAAAAUGGUUGACCUCGUACUCGGAUGCUAACCCAAACCGCUCGAUUUACCUUUUCUGCAUCAACCCCAAGCGAGCAGGGUAUUUUUACCUCUGCUUCAAGGCCAGCAAGUCUUCGCCCAUCAACAUGUGGGAUGUUAAGGUGGUACCUCACGCUUUCGAGAUGAAGAACAACCAGUACCCGCAUAUGCUUGCUCUCUGCAACGGUUUCAAGCUCACUUUCAACAGUGAGAUCAGCAAGAUGCAGCAGAUGAGAAGAUAGAUGAGUCUUAGGAGGAAAUCCCUUGCACCUUUUUUUCCUGUUAGAUGUAUAACCAGGGCGUUGAUAUACCAAUCAGGUUAGGUUGUGUUUUGCGUCGCGAGUUUGAUGAUGGCUGCAUUCGAUCCGGCGCAGGCUUUUGUAGCCGUGGAACGCAUAAUGCCAGCCUCCCUUUUUAGGGGUGUGGCUAUCAGGUUAGUCCCCCAUUAGGCUAGGUACUUAAUAGAUUAAAAAAGCAAAAUAAAUGCGAGUUUUCAUCACGAAUUAGCUUAUUAUUGUAGGGAAAUGUCGAUUAAGUACCUAAGACUGAAUCUUAAUCGUGAGCAGGGUGGUAGAAGGGCGUCAUAAGAAAUGUCAUCGUGGUAUUAGUAUGGCUUUCAACUGUACUGAAUAGACUAUAUGAUUACCUACCCAGGUAGCUAGGAAGUAUAAUAUUUAUACUAUAUGUUCUAUAAGACUACAC